AUGGCUCAUGGCUUACUCUCUUCUUUCCAGCACGAAAACUUCUACGCUUCGAGCAUUACAACGCCAUCCCUAGCAAAAUCACAACUGGAGUCUCUCGUCAGCGCCAUUGAAAAGACUGGUUUCGCCACAACUCGCUCCUGGUUCCUGCACAUGAACUUCCACGGAGGCGACUACUCCGCUAUCACGCGCCCAAAGCCCACAGACACGGCGUACGUGCACCGAGACAAGAUGCUCCUGUUCCAGCUCAAGGAUAGCGUCCCGCAAAGUCAGCAAUACCCCAGCGAGGGGCUUGCGUUUCUUCGAGGGCUCAGGGAGAGCAUAAGCAAGGGGCUUGCGAGCAGCGAGUGGGGGAUGUACGCGAACUAUCCAGACUCGGAAAUCGGCAGUGACGCACCGAGACUCUACUGGGGAAACAAUCUUCGGAGGCUGGAAUGGGUGAAGGCUAACUAUGACCCCAACAACGUCUUCAGAGAUGCUCAGUCUAUAAAACCUGCAGUAUAG